CACAUGCUACGUAUACAAUCAUCUUAACAUCAUAAUAAGUUUUUUUACUGAAUCACUGGACUAUUUAAAUGAUAAUAUUUGUCAUUCAGAACUAACGUUUGAAAGAGUACCGAUAUCAACUUCAUUAUGACAAUCAAACUAAUUAAUAACAAAUCAUCAAAAUGCUUGUGGCGGAAACGAUGGCCUGAAUUAGAACGCGGAUUAUUCGUUAUUGCGAUUAUUGGAUUUAUUCGUUCGAUUCUUUCCAUUAACGCAUCAGCGGCUGUUAUUAGCGCAACGUCGCCUCUAGGACCGACGCACAAAUGUAUGACGAAAGAUUGUCAGGUAGAACGUUUAGAACUAGCUGCAUCAAUAAUUAAAUUUCGUGACACGAGUGUAAAGGUUUGUGAUAAUUUUCACGGACAUGUUUGCGGCAAGUACAAAGCUAAUGAUUUAGAAAACAUUCCGGAUAUUACCGAAUUGAUGAGAGAUACUUACGUUGACAACUUAAUUGAUGAUGAUUUAGCUACUAGUAACUCGAAGGUCAACCAACUCAUUGGCAAAAUUCAUAAAGCAUGCAUGGACGAAAGUGCCAGAGGAGAUAAGGCUCUGGAUGUUUUGAAAAAUGUUAUUAAAAAUCUAGGCGGUUGGCCCAUUUUAGAAGGCGAAGCAUGGAAAGAAGCUGAUUUCGAUUGGAUCGACUUUAUAAGUAAUGCCAAGAAAGCCGGUUACAAUAUAAAUUACUUCAUAGAUUGGAAGCCUCAGAAUCAGUUUGAUGGUCAAAAUCAUACUUUGAGAUUUUCCCUUGAAACGCCUCCAUCUCACUUCGACUCAUCCAUGACUGAAGAUACGGAGAUCCAAAAAAACGUGUACAGCAGAUAUAUAGCUAACAUAGCAAAACUUCUUGAAGGAAAAUUAGACCAUCCUGUGAAGGACUUAACAGAUCAAUAUGAAUUUGAAAGGAAAUUAGAUGAUUUGAGUCCCGACCAUGAUUCAGAACGAACUGAAUCUAUGACCAUUGAAGAGCUACAAAAAGAAUUUCCAAGUAUCGAUUGGAAUAAAUUUGUUGACAAAACGUUAUUGCCUUUCUUGGAUAAUGAUGAUACUAAGCCUACUUUAACUGUUUUGAAUUCGACAGCCACUAAAGAAGCUAUUAAAUUAAUCGAAAAUACUCCAAAACGCGUACAGGCCAACUACGCCAUCUGGAAAAUAAUUCAAUAUACAAUUCCUUUCUUAGCUGGUGAGUUCCAGGAAGCGCGUGAAAUGUUUCAUAGCGGUGUCGAUUAUUCCGAUAUGCCUCGUGAAGAAUAUUGCGAUGGAAUCUCUAGAAGCUACGCAAAAUACGCUGCUGUAAAUCUUUACUUGGAUCAGUUUGAAAGCAGCCAAGAAACAAUUGAUAAAAUGAUAGCGCUCAUUAAGCAGACAAUGAUUGAUAUGAUAAAUGAUUCUAAAAAGUUAAGUGAUGAGGAUAAAAAAGCAGCAGUUGAACUCCUUGAGGGAAUGGAUUCCACUAUUGGACAAUCGGAAAAAUUUACUGAUCCUAAAGAAUUGGAAACUUUCUAUGCUGCUGCCGAAGUUCUUGAAGAUAACUUCUUACAAACUGUUUUGAAUAUGAAUGUUUUCAAGAUGCUGACAGAGAACAGCAAUAAAAUUCGUUCCGAAAUAUUUCAAUACUCUCCUAUGACAACAACGGACAUCAAUAUCCCAGAAAACUAUCUCAAUCAUUUGUACAUUCCGGUAAAGAUGAUACCAAGUUCGUUAUUUGACAAUAAUCAACCAAUGUAUAUGAAUUUCGGUGCAGCCGGUAGUCACAUCGCCCGGGAAAUGUUUAAGUCCUUAGCUCACUUGGGAAGAAAGUGGUCCGAUGAGGGAGAGGAACUUCCCGGUGAACAAAUCGAUUGUUUCAAGAAUAUUGGGCAAAAUAUAACCAACAUAGAUCUUAAGGAAACCGUUGAAGCUAUGGUUAUGGAAGAGGGUAUCGCUCAGUACAUUGGAUUUCGCGUAGCUUAUGCCGCUUACAAACAGUAUGUUAUUCAAUCUGGCCCGGAAUUGGGUUUACCCGAAUUAUCUCAAACACCAGAACAAUUAUUCUGGAUAUCAUUUAGCCAUUCAUUAUGUUAUGCUGAAUCUGACGCUCCUACGUUACCACCAGCAGUUGAUAAAACUUUGCCAAAUCUUAUCGACGACUUGACGUUGAUAAUACUCAAGAAUGUACCAGAAAUUUCAGCCGAUUACGAUUGUCCCGUUGGCUCAAGAUUAAAUCCCGAACAUAAAUGUUCUUGGUGGUGAAUCAAGCUUUUCAAUUAAUUAAUUUAUUGAAUUGCUUAAUCGUUAACUACUUUUAGCAAUGAAUACAAAUUUCACUGACAUAUUAAAAAAUUCCUUUUGUUUAUUUCAAUAAUUUACCUCAAAAAAAUAAUCUGUUAUUCCACUUCAGUCACAAUAAACAAACAAAAAAGGUUAUUGGAGAAGAGAGAUCCGCAAUUAAUAAUAUUUUUUUUCGAUGUUUUGUUAUCUGCUGCUUUAAAAUUAUGAUAUUGAUAAAACUGACACUACCCCUGACCUAUGACCCUGGAAAAAAUAAUUUACAUAUGUGGAGAUCUUAACCUAGCAUUCUCUUGUGGUCUACAUGAAGAGAAUUUUCAUACGAAUAUUGCCAUGCCGUUUAUUCUAAAAAUUAUCCUAAAUCAAGUAAUCUAGGAACAUUACGACUUUUUACUUUUGAUUUACGAAAUUUUAUUCUUCCAGUGUGUAAAAAUAAAUCAAAUUAAUUUAUACUCACAAUUACGAGUAAAAAUUACCCCGAAUAGCGCCUAUAAAAAUAUAGUAGUUCCGACGAAAAUGUCGUCCUAAAAUGGAUAGUGGGGGUAUGAGAAAUAAAUUCAAUUUCCACUCGUAGGUUAUAAUAAAAAGUUGAUGAUCCAUUUCAUAAAGUUUAUAUCAAAUUAAAAUAAAAAUUACAAUUAAUAGCUAAAAAUUUCUAUCCAAAAUUUAAAAUCAUCAUCAUGAACAAAAAACAAAUGACAUCCUGUGUUGAAUAAUCAAAAAUUAUUUUAUUGUAUUAUUUAUGAUAUCGUUUAAAAAAAAUAAGAUUUGUUUAGUAAUAAUAUUUUUAAAUGUUACUUUUAAUUAUGACUGACCAAAGCUGCAAUAGAGCCUGAGACGCUCGGCCGCGCACUGUAUCAAGAGCGCUCAGACGCCGGCGCGCGGUGAUAAAUAAAUUCAUACUGUUUAAACUAAUCGCGAGCAGU